AUGCGAGUCUCUGCUUCCUCUUCCCAAGUAAACCAAAACACCCACAGAGCAAAAGAAAAAACAGUAAUAAUACAAAGACAAGAUGACGUUGCCCGAGUUCUUUGGCUGCACCUUCAUCGCCUUCGGACCGCCCUUCGCCUUGUUCGUCUUCACCAUCGCCAAUGAUCCAGUGCGGAUCAUCAUUCUGAUUGCGGCGGCAUUCUUCUGGCUGCUUUCCCUGCUGAUCUCUUCCCUGUGGUAUGCCCUGAUUCCGCUGAAGGAGUUCCUGGCAUUUGGCGUGGUCUUCUCGGUGUGCUUCCAGGAAGCCUUCCGGUACAUCAUCUACCGGAUACUGCGCAGCACGGAGCAGGGAUUGCACGCCGUGGCGGAGGACACGCGAGUGACGGACAACAAGCACAUCCUGGCCUAUGUCUCCGGCUUGGGAUUCGGCAUUAUAUCCGGGAUGUUUGCACUGGUCAAUGUGCUGGCUGAUAUGAGUGGUCCCGGCACCAUGGGCUUGAAGGGCGGAACUGAGCUAUUCUUCGUCACCUCGGCUGCCCAGGCGUUGUCGAUUAUCCUGCUGCACACCUUCUGGAGCGUUAUUUUCUUCAACGCAUUCGACACAAACAACUAUAUCCACAUAGGCUAUGUGGUUUUCAGCCACCUGUUCGUCUCCCUGAUAACUCUGCUCAAUGCCAAUGAGCUUUACACGACCACUCUGCUGAUAAACUACUUGGUCACCAUACUUACGGGAGUCCUGGCCUUCCGGGUGGCUGGAGGAACAUCUCGCAGUUUCAGAAAAUUCAUAACAUGCCAGUAAACAUACUCCUAGUAUUAACCGCCUAGUUAAUAGCUUUUGUAUAACAUUAUAAAAAAAAACAAAUUACCUUGUAUAUGCUCGAUUAGUUACGCAUUCUAUGGACUUAAAUCCCUUUACUAAAUGGAUUUCUUGAAAGAAUGAGAAUGCAUUAAGAUCCCAAGGUCUUUCGCAAUAAAUUCCCAAAACACAGA